CUAAAUACAGAGAGCAGCGUUGAGCUCUCGCCGGGCGCUGUGGCGUGUGCCUGUAAUCCAGCUACUUGGAGGCUUGGGCUGUCGGAUCGCUUGAGUCCAGGAGUUCUGGGCUGCACUGAGCUAUGUCGAUCGGGUGUCCGCACUAAGUUCGGUAUCAAUAUGGUGUUCCUGGGGGAGCCUCGGAUCACCAGGUUGCUCUAAGGAGGGGUGAACCGGCCCAGGUCGGAAACGGAGCAGGUCAAAACCCCCGUGCCGAUCAGUAGUGGGAUCGCGCCUGUGAAUAGCCGGUGCAGAACAGCCUGAACAACACAGCGAGACACAGUUCUUUUCUUUUUAAAAUCAGCCACAAACUCAAUUUUUCAACCUUAAUCUUUUGUUUUUUUAUAUCAUUUUUUAGUAAUUAAAAAUCACUUUUCAGUUUUUAUGAACUACGCACAGUUCUACUUCAGCAAUCUGACUUCAUAUCUGUUUGCAUUGCUGCAUUUAUAUUCUAUUUUAAUGAAACCCGAAACAAGUGCGUUAUUAAUGUCAGUAUCCAUGUGUAUUGCACAGUAUUACGUUUAUGGUGCCGCCACUGCCUCCUACUGGGCCCAGCGAAUAAAUGUUGAUGGGAGUAUGUGCUAUACUAGCUUUCAUCCCUAGUGGCCACUGUUCUCGAACAUUGACAGCCGGCCGCUAACAGAUUUGACCCGCGAGUACUGCCGUAGUUUUGUGCGCAUGCGCUAAGCGGAGCUCGCCGCCGAGUUUCUCUGCAUUUUUCCGUGCGACGGCUUCGCAGAGAUCGCAGCAAAAUGAAGAGCCGAUUCAACACCAUAGAUAUCCGAGCUGUCAUAGCGGAGCUAACGGACAGUUUGCUGGGAAUGCGAGUUCACAAUGUUUAUGAUAUAGACAAUAAGACCUAUCUCAUCCGGCUUCAGAAGCCAGACUCAAAAGCUGUGCUUUUAGUUGAAUCAGGCAUUCGAAUUCACACUACUGAAUUUGAGUGGCCCAAGAAUAUGAUGCCAUCAGGAUUUGCAAUGAAGUGCCGUAAGCAUUUAAAGUCCAGGCGGUUGGUGAGCGUUAAACAGCUGGGAGUGGACAGGAUUGUGGAUUUCCAGUUUGGCUCCGAUGAAGCAGCCUAUCAUCUCAUUGUGGAACUGUAUGACCGGGGCAACAUUGUUCUUACAGACUACGAAUAUCUAAUUUUAAACAUACUGAGGUUUCGAACAGAUGAGGCAGAUGAUGUGAAAUUUGCUGUUCGAGAACAUUAUCCUAUAGAUCAUGCCAAAGCUCCUGAGCCUCUCCUCAGUGUGGAAAGACUAAAAGAAGUCUUAGAUAAUGCAAAGAAGGGGGAUCAACUGAAGAAAGUUCUUAAUCCACAUCUCCCUUAUGGAGCAACUCUGAUUGAGCAUUGCCUAUUAGAUACAGGACUUUCCAGUAAUGUCAAGGUUGACCAGAUAUCUGGGCCCGAAGAUUUGGAGAAGGUGCAUACUGCCCUGAGAAAGGCAGAGGGGUACAUGGAUCUAACACAGAACUUUAACGGAAAGGGCUUUAUAAUACAGAAGAGAGAGAAAAAGCCAAGCCUGGAGCCUGACAAAGCCUCUGAGGAUAUAUUCACGAAUGAGGAAUUCCAUCCUUUUCUAUUUGCGCAGCAUGCCAAUAGCACUUAUAUUGAAUUAGAUUCCUUCAAUAAGACUGUUGAUGAGUUUUUCUCAAAGCUGGAAGGCCAGAAGAUAGACAUAAAGGCUCUACAACAGGAAAAACAAGCCUUAAAGAAAUUAGAUAAUGUCCGUAAAGAUCAUGAGCAUCGCUUGGAAUCACUCCAGUAUGCACAGGAUGCCGAUAAAGCCAAAGGAGAGCUGAUUGAAAUGAACUUGGAUAUUGUAGACCGAGCUAUUCAGGUAGUGCGCAGUGCUUUGGCCAAUCAAAUUGACUGGACGGAGAUUGGACUCAUAGUGAAAGAGGCACAGAUCCAAGGAGAUCCAGUUGCUCUUGCAAUCAAAGAACUGAAGCUGCAAACAAACCACAUAACCAUGAUGCUUAAAAACCCAUAUGUACUCUCUGAAGAGGAGUCAGAAGAUGAAGAAGAUGAAAAAGAGGAAGAGCCAAAAGGGAAAAAGAAAAAAGCUAAAAAUAAACAGCCAAAGAAAGUGCAGAAGAAUAAACCUGUGUUAGUAGAUGUAGACCUCAGCCUGUCUGCGUAUGCCAAUGCCAAAAAGUAUUAUGACCACAAAAGACAUGCAGCCAAGAAAUCACAGAAGACAAUAGAAGCUGCAGAGAAGGCAUUUAAAUCAGCAGAGAAAAAAACCAAACAGACCCUGAAGGAGGUUCAGACAGUUAGCACCAUUCAGAAAGCCAGGAAGGUGUACUGGUUUGAGAAGUUUCUGUGGUUUAUCAGCUCAGAGAAUUAUCUGAUCAUUGCUGGGAGGGAUCAGCAACAGAAUGAACUGAUUGUCAAGAGGUAUUUAAACCCAGGUGAUGUAUAUGUACAUGCUGACCUCCAUGGAGCUACUAGCUGUGUCAUCAAGAACCCCACAGGAGAGCCAGUGCCACCCCGUACUCUCACUGAAGCUGGCACCAUGGCUGUGUGUUAUAGCGCUGCUUGGGAUGCACGGGUCAUCACUAGUGCCUGGUGGGUCCAUCACAAUCAGGUGUCAAAGACAGCUCCAACUGGAGAGUACCUGACUACAGGAAGCUUCAUGAUUAGAGGUAAAAAGAACUUUCUCCCACCCUCUUACUUGAUGAUGGGCUUCGGCUUUCUGUUUAAGGUGGAUGAAACAUGUGUUUGGAGACAUAAAGGUGAGCGCAAAGUAAAACAGCUGGAUGAAGAUAUGGAGAGUGUCACUAGCAGUAACAUAGAGUUGGCUGCAGAAGAAAAUAUACCUCUAGAUGCCCCAGAGGAAGACAGUAAUAGCAGUGAAGAUGAUGAGAAGUCAGACACUCAAGAGCAGCCUUUCAGUGGAGAUGGCUACUCUAAAGAGCAGAAAGGUCCUAGUACUGAUUCCAUUGUCCAUAAACAAAGGGAGAACAUGGCACCUUCAGACCAAAACAGUGAUCAGGAAAGUAGCCACUCUGAAGAAAACAAUAGCACAAUAAAAGAAGAGGCUGAAACGGAACCGAGCUAUCCCGAUACUGCCAUUGACUUGUCUCACCUGCAGACAAAGAGAACCUUGAGCAAAGCAACACCGACAGAGCCAGUUGAUGCACCCUUACAGAAUGAGUCUUCUGGUCGAAAACACAUGUCUGCUAAGGAAAAAAGGGAGUUGAAAAAAAGGAAGAAACCCAAUGACCAAGAUGAAUAUCAACCAUCGGAACAGAUAGAGCAAGGUGAUAAAAAGGAUGUGGCAGAUUCCCAGAGUGCACCUCAAGCCAGCACAGGCAGUCAGCCAAUGAAGAGAGGCCAGAAGAGUAAAUUGAAGAAGAUUAAGGAGAAGUACAAGGAUCAGGAUGAAGAAGAUCGGGACCUGAUAAUGCAACUGCUGGGAUCUGCAGGAUCAAAUAAAGAGGAAAAAGGAAAAAAAGGAAAAAAGGGCAAAAUGAAGGAAGAACCAGUGAAGAAACCACCCCAGAAGGCAAAGGGAGGAGGGCCAAAACCUGUUAAAAGGGAAGGACAAGGUCCAGCUGAUGUGUUUCUAACCGAGAACCUCCAGGAAAUGACUUUAGAGGAGCAGCAGGAAGACAAGGAGGAAGCUGAUCAAGAUCCACAGGCAACCGAGGAAGCUGAAAACCUGCUGGAUUCUCUGAGUGGACAGCCACAUGCAGAGGACGUGCUUCUCUUCUCCAUACCAGUCUGUGCUCCUUACACCUCUAUGACCAACUUUAAAUACAAGGUAAAGUUGACUCCAGGAACCCAUAAGAAGGGAAAAGCUGCCAAAACCGCAUUAAACAGCUUUAUGCAUUCUAAAGACUCCACAGUAAGAGAAAAAGAUUUACUGCGCAGUGUCAAGGACACCGAUUUAUCGCGGAAUAUGCCCGGAAAGGUUAAAGUGUCUGCACCAAAUCUGCUGAACACCAAGAAAAAGUGAUGUGGAUGUGAACAACACUAUGGGAGGUUUAAGAACGAGGGUGAAUUUACAAAGAUCUUACAUCAUGUUGUGAAUAGGGCAAUUUUGUGCACUUCGAUCAGAACAAUGUGUUGUUUUUGGCAUUUUUUAUUGCUUGCAGCAAUAACCUCAAAUUCAAAAGAUGGAGUUAAAAAAACGUAUUAUUGCAAUCAAUGCUUUUUGAUGUGAUUUACUAUGUGCAUGUCAGUUGUAGCUAUAACCUCAGGCACAUACUAACGCUGCCUGUAUGUAAGAGCCCUUGGAUUACAGCUAAUUUAAAGAGGGAUUAAAAACCUAAAUCUUGGUAAAAGGUUGCUGAAACUGAUCUCUGCUAAAUCUACCACUCCAAUUCCUUUUGGAAGUUUCCCACAGCAAUAAAGAAGUCUGAUGUACA